CAAAUUUCCUGAGAUUUUUCUUUUCAUUUAUUUUUCCUUUUUCUGUCGUGCUCCUCUUGCAGAGUCUCGUUCUGCUCUCUAUAAUGUCACCGCAACCCCUUCAACCGCACGCUUAUCUCCCAACAAAUUUCUAUCAGCUCAGCUAGUUUCAGCUCUUGGUCAUCAGUUCAUGUGCAUUCAAAAUUCUCCAUUCUUUCAUCUUUCUUCUGAUGUAAAUAUCUUUUAGCUCUCCCAGGACCUCGCUGCAUUCUAGCUCUGCUGGAGAAGUUUUAUGGAGACGUUUUAAACCGGCAGUUACUGUUAAGUUUUUUGAGUGCUCGUGUAUUUGGUGAAUUUCUAUUCAAUCCUUUUUGAGUAUAGCUUGAUUUUUGUUGAUAUUUGUUAAUCUGAGCUAUAGAGAAGAGUUCUGAUCCCUAAAUUCGUCGAAAUUAAAAUUGGCAUUUUGGAGAAUCGGAUAUUGGGUUCGAGGUAAAACCGCUUUUCUUUUUUUAGAUCUUGCUGUUUAUUUGGACACGAGUAUCGAAAGUCGAUCAAUUUUGAUUUUAUAAAAGGGAAAUGAAUUCACUCGUUUUCAUAACUUAUAAAUUUAUUUGCAUCCAUGUUGGAUUUGGUUUAGUGGGAAAAAGUAAGCUAUUUAUUUAAUAAAUUAAAGUGUUGUCAACUAUAUCAUUUUUUAAGAAUAUUUUUAUGCUGAGGCCAGUAUAGGACUCUUUAAGUAGCACACUCUGGAUAGUGGACUGAGAUCUGUUUGAUUUCUCUGUGUAGCUCUUAAAUAUUAAGCUUCUGUGGAGAAUUUUUGUAUAGCAAGUCCUUGCCAAUUUGUGGCAUUGAAGGAGGCUGUGGUUGUUUCAAAGCCACCAAGAUUAAUUUUAUGCUGUUGAAAAACAUGGACUUCACAUUUUAUCUAUGUCAAGAUUAUUUUGUCCGCGUAGGAGCAAAGAAAUUUUGUUAUACCCUGUUUUCCUAGCAACCAAAUCGAUUACCGUGACAGUUAGAUAAUUGAUGUUGAAUUUUGGUGUAAAGUUGGACAAUGAUCAUAAGACAGGUUUUAACUUCUGUUUUUGAAACGCAAUUCUCUGGACCUGAGAAUUCAAUAAUGAAGUUCCACUUGAUGCAAAUUGUUAAUCCUUGCGGAAUCAAUCGUUCAUUACUUUGUGUUUGUAUGGGUGUGGGAAAUGCACGAGUGACCAGACAUUUGUUCAAUAGAGCACAAUAUCGCUAUUCCUUGUUACUGAUGUUUUUUGGUUCAGUGAGAAUUAUGAGGCAUAUUUGAUCGAGGAACUGGAAGAGUAUAUGACUUUGCUGAAUUAAUGUUAUGCGAAUGCUUCACUGAGUUUGAUUCACUUUUGCAUGUUUAGAAGUUUAUUGCUGUAUAUCUUGGUUUCCGCUAAAUAGCUGAACUUUCGAGUUAUUGUUGGAUCACUUUUCAGCAAAAACUGCCUCAUUCUUGACUGUUAUAGAAUUGGAUGCUUUUAUUUUCAUUUCAAUCAACCAUGUGGUCUUAGGUGCAGCGAGCCAAUAUGAGCUGAAGAGAUGCCAUCAACCUGCUAUCAGCUGGAAUGAAGACCUUACAGAGCACCCAAGAACUACAACCCUCAACCCAAGUUUCACAGGACUCCCAAAGUGACCAACAGAACAAUCACACAACAGAGGCUGCUGUAGCAGACUCUGGUUCAGUAUCUGCUUCAAGCAAUGAUAGCCGAAAGGUUUCACGCCAAGAUAUUGAGCUUGUCCAGAAUCUUAUAGAGCGGUGCUUGCAAUUGUACAUGAAUAGAGAUGAGGUGGUCAAAACCCUCUUGACGCGUGCGAGGAUUGAUCCUGGAUUUACAACACUGGUAUGGCAGAAAUUGGAAGAAGAAAAUGCAGAUUUCUUCAGGGCCUAUUAUAUAAGGCUGAAAUUGAAGAAGCAAAUUCUCUUAUUUAAUCAUUUGCUUGAACAUCAAUAUCAUCUUAUGAAGUUUCCUGUGCCUACAAAGGUUCCUUUGGCCCCCAUACAAAAUGGGAUUCAUCCCAUGCCCGUUAACAAUUUGCCUAUGGGUUACCCUGUCAUGCAACAACAUCCAAUGCCAGCACCAGGUCAACCCCAUCUUGAUACCAUGGGUUGUGGAAUAUCAAGCUGCCAUGUGGUUAAUGGAGUCCCUGCUCCAGGGAAUUUUCAUCCCAUUCGGAUGAAUUCUGGGAACAAUUUGGUGAUGGAAAGCAAUACACCUGAUAUGGCUCCUGUAGUUCCACUAAGCAGUGCCAUGUCAUCCAUGUCUGAUAUGCCUGUGAGUCCUACAUCGGUGGCAUCCAGUGGUCACUUUCCCUUCACUGCAUCAGAAAUAUCAGGAAUCGGAGUUGACACAUCAGCACUUGAUACAGCAUUUACAUCUGAUGUUGCCAGCUCAGUAGGAUUGCAGCUUGGACCAGAUGCUGGGGCUGGCACCUCGAGAUCUUUGGAUCAGAUUCAGUGGAAUUUCAGCCUUUCUGACUUAACAGCUGAUUUAUCAAACUUGGGAGAUUUGGGAGCCCUAGGAAACUAUCCUGGUUCUCCAUUUCUGCACUCUGAUUCAGAAAUUUUGCUUGAUUCUCCAGAGCACGACGACAUAGUGGAAGAUUUUUUUGUGGAUUCUGUCCCUGGUCCACCUUCCCAGUCAAAUGAAGAGAUAUCCUAGCCAAGGUGAGGUUCCAUACUUUUUUCCGGUCGAAAUUGUUACGACAGAAUGAAUUAGAUGAAUAAAUUAAACAUUUUCCGUCCAUUCUCUAGGGACAUUUAUUUAUAUUUUACAGAACUGUACGUUUAUGUUGCAUUGACGUAUUCUAUUAGCAUAGGAAAUAGUCCUAAGUUGUAAUUUUAACCCAUAAAUAAAAUGGUAGAAGUGUAAGCUUA